UUCAGAAGUGUGCUACGCUAGUUCACCCAAAUUAGGAAAACCCUCUUCACCAACAAAAUAUCCUCGCCUAUCACGUGCUUCAAUCAUCCACCCAAACCCAAAUUCACUUCUACUUAAAUAUCUUAAUUUCCCUACACGCCUUAACCCUUCGGUCAUUCAAUAUCAACCAUAUUUCCUCAUAUAUAUAUAUAUACAAGACCCUGCCUCAUUCUUCACACAAACCAAACCACGCGCUACAGAGUAACAACAUCGGAGAUUGCAAACAUGGACUGGGUCCGGGGAGACGCCGUCGGACGAGGAAGCUUCGCCACCGUUAGUUUAGCCAUCCCCAAGACCCACCCCGGUCGGUUUCCGUUAACCGCCGUCAAGUCCUCCGAAGCUAACACCUCGCGCUGGCUCAAGAACGAGAAACACGUGCUCGACCGCCUAGGCUCGUGUCCCAGGAUCGUUCGUUGCUUCGGUCAUGACUACACUUUGGAGAAUGGCGUCGAGUUUUAUAACCUCUUCCUCGAAUACGCCGCCGCCGGGACCCUCGCCGACGAAGUCAAACGCCGCGGUGGCCGGAUUGCCGAACCUGCGGUUCGACACCACGCGAGGUCCAUCGUGGAGGGGUUAAACCACGUGCAUCAAAAGGGGUUCGUGCACUGCGACGUAAAGCUGCAAAACAUCCUCGUAUUCGAGGACGGGGAAAUCAAGAUUGCGGAUUUCGGUCUGGCGAAGGAGGCAGGGGAGGAACAGAGUAGAAGUGAAUGCAGGGGGACUCCGAUGUUUAUGUCGCCGGAGCAAGUGAUCGCCGGCGAGUGCGGCCCGGCGGCGGAUAUUUGGGCCCUCGGGUGCGCCGUCGUGGAGAUGGUUACCGGGAAACCGGCGUGGCAGGUGGAGAAAGGGUCCUCGAUGUGGUCGUUGUUGCUUCGUAUUGGAGCGGGCGAAGAGGUUCCCGGGAUACCGGAAAAUUUGUCUGACGAAGGAAAGGAUUUUAUCGGAAAGUGUUUUAUUAAGGAUCCUAGAAAGAGGUGGAGUGCGGAAAUGCUUUUGGCACACCCUUUUGUUUCGGAAGACACUGUUUCGUUUAAGCACUUUCACGAGUCGCCCCGAAGUCACUUCGAGUUCCCCGAUUGGGUUUCUAGUGCCACGGAAUCUCAAUCGCCGUGGAAUUUUCAUGAGUCGUGUUUGGAUAGUUUGUGUUCGCCGGAGAAUCGCCUCCGCCGGCUCGUGACGGUUCAGACGCCGGCGGGUUGGUCCGAAUCGGAUGGAUGGAGUAGUGUUAGGUGAAAUUGGGGAAUUUGUUCGAUUUUUAUUAUAUUCUAAUUCGUUGAUUUUAAUUUGUUAGGAUGUAAAUUGGGUAGGGUACAGGAUCUGUUAUAUUACUUGAUGGAAGAGUUUUAACUAGCGCCGGUUGUGGCGCGUUGUACAGAGGCUGAUUUUGAUUUUGAUUAUAGUAAAAAUAUACAAUACCAUGAUUUUGAGAAAUUA